AGUGCAGUGCAUAACUUGUCCGGGCUCACAGUCACACUGCUUGUAGGCGAAAAACCCGCCGAGAAGGUUAAAUUCCAAAUCCAGAUACAGUACCCUAUUAAUGCCUCAAUUCAAAAAUCCAGAUUAAGCUAAUUCUGAUAAAAAAUUAAGCUACACGACAUUCUUAUUAGUUUUUAGCCUUAUUUCCCUCCACUAUAGCAAAAUCUUCAUGGACCAACCAACCCCUACUCCUUCCACCACCACCACCGCCACCACAGCCACAGCUUCACAGCCUACCGACCCACCACCACCACAGCAACUGCCAUCAUCGGCACUUCCACAACCACAACAACCAGCAUCACAACAACCACCUUCGUCCACCACAACUCCAGCCCCAACCACAACUCCCAUUACAAACCCUAACCCUAAUCCUUCAUUAAGACCUUCAACGUCUAAUUCUCUUAACCAGCCAACUACAAGGCCCCAAACCCUACAUAGUCAUAGACAAUGGCAUCAUCCUCAUCCACAUUCACAUUUCUCGCAUUUCUCUUCGAUUGCUGCUUCUCCGUCUCCUUCUCUUCCGUCUUCGUCCGUGUCCUCUUUAUCAUCCUCUGCUUCUCAACAACAAAGAGGCGGUGUUGCUAUUGGUGUUCCCGCGUCUCACCCUACCCCUUCUCCCGCUCCUUUCUCGUCUUCUUUUGGUCAGCAGUUUGGUGCAUUGACUCGCGGCACUGUCAAUGUGCCUGAAUCUGUUGCUAAUGCUAGCAAUUCACAGGUGAGGCAUGGGAUGCAGGGAAUGGGAAUGACAGGAUCAAUGAGUUCGGGUUCUCAGAUUCGGCCAGUUGGUAUUCCUGCACAUCAUCAACAGAGACCUGUUCAAUCAUCUAUUAGACCGCCAACUUCUUCCCCAAAUAACCAGUCCCCUUCUGCUCAAAAUUUGCAAGGGCAUGGUUUUAUGAGGCCUUCAGUAGUUACUUCUGGUUCCCCAGCAUCAACUGCAUCUCAAAAUAUGCAGUCCUCUAAUCAGCCAUGGUUAUCUGGAUCUCAAGGCAAGCCUCCAUUGCCUUCACCUUCAUAUAGACCACAAAUAAGCUCCCCAUCUGUGCCGCAACAAAGGUCACAUAUUCCUCAGCAACACCAUUCCCUGCCUGCCACUUCACAGCAGCAGCACAUGUCACCUGCACAGCCACAGCAGCCUUUGCCAUCCCAUCAACCAUCAGAACAUUUUGGGCAACAUCUUCCACCAUCAAGGGGUCCACGGUCCAUAACACAACAGCUCACUCUUCAAGGUUCAGCAAACCUGAAGCCAUCUUCCUUAGCAGUAGUACAGCCUAACAAUGUACAGCCAGUGGCCCAGAGUCGUACAACUAAUAUGGAAAGUGAGGAAUCUGGUAAUCGGAUACUUAGCAAAAGAAGUAUCCAUGAGCUAGUUAGCCAGAUUGAUCCAUCUGAGAAGUUGGAUCCUGAAGUUGAGGACAUUCUUGCUGAUAUAGCUGAUGAAUUUGUUGAGUCGAUCACAACAUUUGGUUGCUCCUUAGCCAAGCAUCGAAAAUCUGAUACAUUGGAAGCAAAGGACAUACUUCUACAUCUUGAAAGAAAUUGGAAUAUAACACUUCCAGGAUUUAGUGGUGAUGAGAUUAAAACUUACCGAAAGCCGCUUACAAGUGAUAUCCACAAGGAACGACUUGGAGUUAUAAAGAAAUCGAUCUUGGCAUCUGAGAUAGGAAAUGUUAAAAACUCUGGUGGACAAACUACUGGAAAUGCAAAGAGUAACCUGACAAAGACACCUGCAAAUGCAGUGCCCACCCCUAACCUAAAAACCCGUGAAGUGACAUGAAAGGUUCGCUGUUGGUGCUGCCUACAAGGUACUUUUUGCCGAGAGAGGUCAGGUAAAUCUUUUGGUUAUGUGAUAACACCUACACAACGCUGUGUAUUUGACCAUGAUUUGGAUAGUUUCACAUUUUUUAUAAUGUGUUCCAAGUGAUGGUGUCUUCAAUUUUUGCAAAUGUUGCUGUCUCUAGCAUGUAGGUCUAGUUAUCUGAAGUUUGGCAGGUAGAAUUUUGGCCUGAGAGAAUCCAGGAUAAGAUAUCACCAUGCAUUUUUGUCUGCUUUGUUUGAAACAAGGGAUGUGUAUCCUUUCUUUAUCCCAUCAAAACUGCCACAAGGAUGAGAACGUGAAAAUGUAAAAUUGUCCAAAUCAAUUACUGAAUUACUUCUUAGCUACCAACUUUUUGAGUGGGAGCAGGAAGUUUGCAUGGCGGAUCUCUCAUCAGUUGCCCUUUUUUCUUCUACUUUUGAGCUGUGUGCUAUAUAUUAGGCACGCUUGCUUAUAAGGUUUUGGUUUUGCAGUAGCUAGCAAGGAAUUUGUACAUUGUUUUGGAUUAUUUAAAAGAAAAUGAAAGAGAGAAGUUAUUGCAGUUA